GCCGGCCCCCGCCGCGGUGAGAGGGGACCCUGCCAGCGGCCGAGAGGGGAGGGCGUGCCGGGUUCUCCCGGCGGCGAGGGUGCUCUCCGAGGGGCGACAUCUGGAGCGCCCAGGGACCGGCGGAUGCCUUAGGGCCCCGUGGGCCGCCCCAGAGGACUCAGUCCCGGUGGCCAGCGGCUCCCAAGCAGCUCGCGUGCGCUCAGCCUCAGGCUCCCGCUGACGCACCUGGGAACCUCGUUCACCAGCCCCCGCCCGGCACCCCCCCACCCCGAGCCAUGGAGGCCCCCGAGGUCCCCGUGGGCUCGCUGAUUGACUUCGGGGCCGGGGCCAAGCCAUCCACCUCCUCGCCCCUGGAGGUGCUGUCUCCAAAGCUGCAGGACGGGGACAGCUCCCCGGGCGAGGGCGCGUCGGAGAGCGAGACCACGGAGUCGGCAGACAGUGAGAUCGACGUGGGCGAGUCGCCCUCGCACCCGUCUUGGGGCCAGUACCGCCGCUCCUCCUCCAGCGAGUCCUUCUCGUCCAACCAGAGCACCGACUCGGCCAAGGAUGAGGAGCUGCUGGAACUCCGGGAGUUCAUGCGCAGCUACGUGGAGAAGAUCUUCUCCGGAGGGGAGGACUUGGACCAGGAGGAGAAAGCCAAGUUCGGAGAGUACUGCAGCAGUGAGAAUGGAAAAGGCCGGGAAUGGUUUGCCCGGUACGUGAGCGCCCAGCGCUGCAACUCCAAGUGCGUCUCGGAGGCCACCUUCUACCGCCUGGUGCAGUCCUUCGCGGUGGUCCUGUUUGAGUGCCACCAGAUGGACGACUUCGGGCCUGCCAAGAACCUCAUGACCAUGUGCUUCACCUACUAUCACAUCGGUAAGCCACACCUGCUCCCCUCCGAGUUCAAGGAGAAGCCGGCCGGGAGCAUCGACUCCUACCUGAAGUCAGCCAAUAGCUGGUUAGCGGAGAAGAAGGACAUCGCCGAGCGGCUUCUGAAGAACACGUCGGCCAAGACGGAGAACGUCAAGGGCUUCUUCGGGCUGGAGACCAAGCCCAGGGGGCCCCUGGCCAGGAGAAGCGAGGAGAAAGAGGGCAAGCCCCAGGAGAAGCCGCAGAAGACGGUGACUGUGUGCAGUGCAGAGGAGGAGAGAAAGGGGGAGAAGAUCUACCUGUACACGCACCUGAAGCCGCAGCCCAUCUGGCACACGCUGAGGUUCUGGAACGCGGCCUUUUUCGACGCUGUCCACUGUGAGAGGAGAAAGCGGUCUCCCACCACCAGAGGGGAUGCUGGAGAGGAGGAGAAGAAGAGAGAGAGGUGGUGCCACAUGACCCAGGAGGAGCGGGACGACAGCCUGCGGUUCAACGAGAACAUCACCUUCGGGCAGCUGGGCACAUUCACGCACAACAUGCUGGCGUUCGGGCUGAACAAGAAGCUGUGCAACGACUUUCUGAAGAAGCAGGCGGUGAUCGGCAACCUGGACGAGGAGCAGUACAAGCUGCUGAGUGACCACAUCGAGCAGGUGGCCGCCGAGUAGGCCUCGGGAGGCGGCCCGAGGCUCCCCCGGGAGGACUGUGGGUGCGCGCCUCCCUCCCGGGCCCGCGGCCGGCUCUCGCGCCCCCCCCGCCCCCGCAUGACAUUGGCAGCACCCAGAGCCGCCCCACGCCGCCCUAGAACUAGCGGGUAGAAGAAUCCGGUUGCCUGUUUCCCCUGCCUCCCCUCUGCCUGCGUCUCCUCCCCCUUCUGCGUGCCAAAGCGUCCCUGGGAUUACACAGCCAACACCGAGGUGACUGUCCCUACCCCCGAGUGGCAGACCUGCGACGUG